CAUGAUGGAUGCACAAUGUACAGUAGGCGGCGGUAUGUGCUUAUUACACCAACCUGCCAAAAGAAGAAGAAGAAAUUCGUAAUAUUCCUUUAACAUUCUACCAGUAGAUGGCGACAGCGCUAUAGCCAAAUUCAACCCAGCAACCUCGAAGAAGAGUGUCCAAGAUUGGUUUUCUUUCUUCAGCGUUCCAACAACAUUUCCUGCAUCAAAACUGUGCUCUAAGCUGACCGUAACCAUUUAAAUGCUUAAAACCUAAACACGAUGGACGAAAAGGCGGGUGAUGGGUCAGAGGUAGCGGCGGGCGCUUCGUCAUGCUUGGGUGCCAGCGGAGGGGGAUCCCGUUUGGACUCACAGCUCCAGGAGGCCGUUCGGUUAAAGACGGUGGGGAACUCGUUCUACCGGGAAAAAAACGUGCGCGCUGCCAUUGGACGUUAUCACCGUGCUUUACUCGUUCUCCGUGGCCUGGACUCCGAAGUGAACUCUGCUCUGCAAGGGUUUGGCGCUCAGGCACCUAAACUGAGUCCAGAGCAGGAGGACCUGCUGAGAUGCACUCAAGUAGACUGCUAUAACAAUUUAGCAGCAUGUUUGCUCCAGCGAGAGGUGGUAGACUAUGGUCGUGUGCUGGAGUACAGUCUGAAAGUGCUUCAUUGGAGGACAGGUGACAUUAAGGCCCUGUACAGAGCUGGAGUGGCUUCUUUAGAACUUGGAGAUGUUCAGACUGCUCGACAGUACCUUAUACAAGCCAGCAGAGGGACACCUAAUGAUGCCAAUGUAAAGAAACAGUUGCAGCGAGUGGAGGAGAGACUCGGCAUAGACUACCAGAAAGAGAAGGCCCUCUAUAAAGGCAUGUUCAGUAAACAGAAACAGGGAAAAGAGCAAUUGGUAGAGGAGAAGACCCAGAAACAGGUCUUAAUGAACUAAUAAUAUAUGACUUAUCAGGCUCAGAAGUAAAAAUUAUAUAAACUUAAAAGGAACUUACAUUGUACUGAAGGAAUUGGGCUCCUUUGGAAGUUUUGCCUUGGGGCAUGGAAAAUUAACAGCAUUUUGUGGGACUAAAUGUCCCAUGCCAGGACUGAAUGUGCAGCUGAAAUCUGGUGCAACGUUGAAGCUUGAAAGAGAACUUUAAUGCACUUAAAAUGCAUCUUAGUCCAUUGAUUGGUAUUGUAUGACUAAUCUGCUGUCAAGUUUCUUCCAUGUGUUUUUUUUUUUUUUUUUAAAUGAAGUUGUCUUUUUUUUGUUUUGUUUUUUCAUUAUACAGCCUA